AUGCAGGCGGAGAUCCCGGGGCAAGAGCAAGAUGGCUAUGAUACAGAACCCAAUUUCUUCCACGGCAUGCAUCAACAUUCUCAAGCUUCCAAACCCCGACCUCAACAGCGCCACGGGCGUCUGAAAAGACUGAAGCUCGCUAUGACGAGGAGCCCUCAUCCUCCACCUCCACCUGUAGCUGCACCACCUACGACCCCACCGCCAGUCGCCGCCGAUACCACCUUCAGAACCCACCUACGACAUCUAUUCGCUCGAUCGUCCCAUCAUGCAACGUCACCCGUCGUCGAUGUUCCGUUCACGAAGGCUAAAGAGCGUACUGUUGCUGCGGAUGCUCCUGGCAAAGACCCGAACAUCGUGCCUUAUGAAGAUCAAGAUCCCGAUACUACUCAACCGGACCCCAAUACACAACAGCCACAGCAACGACAACAGCAACCAGUAGCAGUGCAGGUAGACACCGGGGAACAUGGAGGCAGCCGGUCGUGUUGCUGCUUCUAG